AUGUCCUCCAUACCCAUUUUGAAUUCAGUGCUGUAUCCUGCCGAAGAAUGUUUAACAUUACCUCCUGUCAAUUAUUUUUAUUAUCCUUUACUGUUUACACUCGAUACUUCUUACAUGGAUUUUUGUUCGAACCUAUCGUUGAGUGAACACAUUAUUUCCAAUUUCCAAAAUAACAAGCAAUCCGAUCAACCAUUCACUACAUGUUCGGAUCUGUUGUGUUCCAAUUCAACUAUAAUUCUCGAUCUCACCAACACGACUCAAGUUGAAUCAUUAGGACAAGUCAUGAACUUUUGCUUGUAUUGCAACCAUUCCUCUUCAGAUGCAUUUAGGAACUUGUUAUGGAAUGGUCAGUGUCAAACGUUCACGUCGCUUCACUCCUUGCAGAAUGGAAAUUUUGGUCCUCAAUUUGUCAACAUGAUGAAUUUACAUUGUAAUGGGGAUCGUAAUACUCAAUUGACAGUUCCAUCACAACAUUUACCGAUUUUUGAUGUCACUUUCUUCAAAACAGAAUACUUUAAAAGACAAUUCUCGAAAUAUCAAUUGCAAUCCCAUUCAACCAACGAAUUCGAAACAGCAAGUCCUUUGAAAAGAACAACCUUGCAAUCAUUACUCAAUUUUUACUUUGGAUCUGUCAUGACGCAAGAAAAUAUCUCUUCAACGAAUAUUCCUUUCGAUAUUCCUGUCACAUGCUGGUGUCACUACAACGAUCCUUCUUCUCAUUCUUUUGGCUUUCAAUGCAAUGAUUUUUAUCAUAAUUUCCUAAUUCCUUAUUCCUUUAGAUACUCUCCCCUCAUUUCAGCUGUUGUUUUCAUAUUGAUAUUCUUUAUCCAUUUAUUCACAAUUCAAAUUCCAAGAUUUUAUGAAAGAAUUUAUACUUUCAAGCACAAGAUCAUUAGAGAAGUGGUAGACAAGUCUAUAUUCAUGAAAAUGAACAUCACCAUUCAACAUUUUCUCGAUAUCGUCGUUCAGGCACCAGUGUGUUUUUCACUUUCCUUGCUGAGUGGAUUUCUAGAAAAUAUGUUUCGAUUUUUAUUCAAUUUUUCUUUCAUGUUUGAUUUCUAUCAGGGAUAUUUGGCAGGGUUAUUUAGAGCUUUGAGUGGGGUAUUGGUAGUUUGUGGAUUCUCUUCAUUGGUGAUAUCAUGGUCUCAUGCCAUCGAUGUCUCUAAUCACAUGCGCCAAGAUAAAUCGAAUGCUCUCUCGAUUUUUAACAAAACAAUUCUCUCAAUAUUUUAUGCGGCAGUCGUGUUGGUUCUAAUUACUUCUGGAAUUGUAUUUGCUGUGGUGUCUGAUUACGGAUACGCUUGGUCCAUACUGGCCCUCUCUGUGAUGAUUUACAUUUUCACUUAUGGAUUUGGGUUUUUAUUUUAUGGCAUUCGAAUUUAUUUUCGAUUGAGGAAAGCCAAUAAUAAGGGUGGACUCUUUGAAUACCGAUUUACAAAAUUCAUGUUAGGACUUUCAAUAUGGUUUUUCUAUGGUUGGAUUUGCACAAUGUUAAGUAUGAUUACUUAUAUAUUUGGAUUUGACGUGUUGUCAUUGUUUUUUGGAAUGACUAGAAAUAUUUUUUUAGACUCCAGUUUAAUCUUGGUGACCAUUCUUUCUUCCUACAUUACUUUCAAUAAGGAAGCAUUUGUGAAAAGUUAUGGAAAAAAAGCGUUUUAUGUUCUUUGUUUUUGGGAAUUAUUUUCCAACAACAGCACGAAUGAAAAAUCAAGAGAAUUCAUGGCUCCACAAAAUCUGGCAACGAAUAGUCGAGAAUCUUCAAGUUUCAGGAGAAUGAGCAGCACUGUAAAGCAAAGCAUUGAAAUUUCAAAGCAGAUUGACUCACCCACUCCUACCACAGAGGCAUCGAGUUCCACCUCUGUGAAUACCUGUAUUUGA